AUGGACUACAACAUAUUUGAGGCGGUACAUGAACAACAAAGCAGCACAUCUGACAUGGAUCUCUCAGAAGAAGAUAAUAAUCCAUUCGUCGGCACUCAUCACCUAUAUGCUUCUGGAAUUGGGACUACUAUCGGCGAAGCUCGCCCAGAGAACGAAAAUUCGCCCCCUUCUUCAUCGUCUUUGCCAUCUAGCCCGGCACAUUCCUCUUCUGCUGGCUCUUCCAGAGCAUCUACGUCAUCUUCAACCUCUUCUCAUGCCGUAGUGGAAGCAGAUGCGGAAACUGAACCUUUUGUUUCCUUGUCGAUGUCUACUACUGCUACUAUUAGCAAAUUUACUCCCCACGAUAUGAAUGGGACACAGCAGAUCCAAAUCAUUGAUGCCGGCGAUUUCAAAGAUCCAUGGGGGAAACACGCUAUCGGUUACGUAAUUCUAUAUGAAAACAACAAGAUUAUCAGAAGGUACUCUGAAUUUCAUUCUUUGAGGCAAUCUCUAACUAGACUCCUUCCUACGAUAAUUAUUCCACCCAUUCCAUCCAAGCAUUCUCUUCUCAAAUACAUAUGGAGUCCCAUAAACGCAGCAAAUGAUUCCAAAAUUAUCUCCACCAGGAAGAAAAUGCUCAAUUCAUUCUUGUCUAACUGUCUGAACAUUCAAGAAAUAAGCAACGAUAUUGUUUUUCAAAAAUUUCUAAACCCUGAAUUUAAUUGGAAAGAUGUUUUAAGUUCGUCGCCGAUAAUCAUACUACCUUUGAAUAACCUUUUAGCUCCACCUUUAAGCCCAACAAAACCAAGCCCCCUUCAUUCUAUUUUACCUAUUCCAUCCAACUCGUCUCUGAGAAACUAUAAUUCGAUUUGGCAACAACACAUCACAGUAAAAAGUCAUAAUGAAAUUUCCAACCUCCCAACAGAAAUUUUACAAAACGAAUCUCAAUUUACACAUAUUGAAAAUUUAUUCCAAAAUUAUAAGCGAAUAAUCACCCAUUUAUUAAAAAACAUAAGAUCAAAUAAAUCUCAUUUCCACUCCUUGUCCACGUAUUUUGCUGAAUUAGGCGCAUAUUAUAAUGCUUUUAGUUUGGAAAAUGACAUAACCAUGCCCAACAGCCUUCGCGAAUCUGAAAACAAUUCAAACAACCCAAUGAUGGAAAUUAUUAGUCAUAUUGAAAAGACAGGCCAUUCAUUCGAUGUUAUAUACAUUUCUUCCGAGAUCUUAAUAGAAAAGUACACCUCUAUUCUUGAGGACCCCAUUAAUGAGUUAUUGCAGUUCUUAAAUGAGUCAUUCAAAGUUCUAAAUUUCAAGAAAUUAAAGUUUUUGCAAUUUAAAAUAUUAGAGAGGCUAAUUAUCGAAAAAGAAACGAAACUUUCGAGUCUCACUGAGAUUGAAAACCAACUGCAGAAGAUUAAUGAAAGUUUAACGCGGUCGACUAUAUUGACAGAUGAAAAUUACAAAGAUACAAAGGCUGCUGACCUGACAUUUGUUAAAAAGGACGUAAGAUCGCUAUCGAAGUCAAGUUCAAAUUCAAGCUCCAGUGGACACCAAAACGAAAUUCAUAUAGGCGCAAGUAAACUAAACUAUAAAACGUCUACGCCAACAAUGAAUCUCAAUAAAUUAGAAAUCAAACAAUUGACUGAACAAGAAAGAUCUAAACAGAUCAAACAGUUGAACCAAGAUUUAUCCAAAUUGAAAGAUUGUCUAUCAAUCUGUAUAUCAGACAUGCUAGAAAUUAACAAUUCGUCAUACAACAGCUUAAUGCAUACAUAUAACCAUAUUAAUUUGACCAUUGGAAAGAUCUUGAAACUUUUCGCAGCUAGCUUCAAAGCAUGGAUCAAAGAAUGUCUGAAGAAUUGGAAACUGGCAAAGUUACAAAUCGACGAGGCCCUAUAA